AUGUCACUAAAAAUUUAUUGGGAUAGAAUCACUGAAAAGCAUUCAAUCAAAUUGAUGAAUCAUUUAAAUCAACAAUUAUCAGGUUUAACAAAGACAUAUGAGAAUAUUGGUGAAUUAAAAUUAUCAAAUUUGUCAUUGGGUUCAAAACCACCAACUUUUGAAAUUAUACAAAUAUCUGAUCCAGAUGCAUUAAUUUUAGGUACUAAAUCACCAAAUGGGAUCGAAUUAAGAGCUAAAAUAGGAUAUGAAGGUGAUGCAUUCAUUAUAGUUCAAACCGAAUUUAAAGUUAAUUUACCAACUCCCAAUUUUAUUACCUUUCCAGUCACUGUAAAGGUUUCCAACCCAAAAUUCUCAGGUAUUGCAUCAGUAAUAUAUGAUACAGAUAAAGUUUGUUUUUGUUUUGUUCCACCAGCUGAUAAUUCCGAAGGAGAUUAUACACCAUUAAAAGAUUUUAAAUUUGAAACUCAACUUGGUGAUUCAGAUCAACAUGUUUUAGCAGAUUUAGACAAACUAGAAAAUUUUAUAGUUGGAGAAAUCAAAUCAUUAUUAAAGAAAUAUUUAGUAUAUCCAAAUAAACUUACAGUUUUAUUAAGCGAUUUUAAUUAA